GCAGUCAAGAGGGACGGGGUUAAACCGGGGAUGCAGAUUUGAGCGCUGCAGUUCUGGGAGCGAGAGGAGAGAGAGAAAGAGAGACAAUAUGUUUUCAGGACUGGUUGAUUAACAGUGGGCUUCUGGGGGGGAGGUAUCAGAGAGUGCUAGACCAAAAGAGAGAGAGAGAGAGAGAGAGAGGGAGGGAAGGAGAGAAAGAGAGAGAGAGGUGUAGAUGAAUCUUUCUGGAACUUGUGUGCAACUGAUGAUUUUCCUUCUGCUCUCUUCACACUCACACACUUCUCUUUGGAGAGCCACUGGGAUGUGACAGUAAAUCAGAGAAAAGAUGAUUCAAAGACUCACCGGGAAGGACUCAGUGAAACAGAAUGCGAGCUGGAUGCCACAUAAAUGAGUGAAACUGGGGAACUAUGAGCCAUAAAGCGUGACUGCUUCAGUUUGGCCUCUGCAGAGCUGGACUCAAACAGGAAAGGCUGGUGGAGACGCACACGGCACAAUCUUCAGGAGAGCUUUGAGAGAGCUUUCGUACUUCUGAUGGAUAACCACUCUGCUUCUCUACAUCUGGAGCUCUGAGGCUUGGCCGAUCUCUGACCUGCUGCUUGACCUUUGACCUCUGAGUGACCUCUCAAGGAAUAACAGCAAUAAAACGUGACUCGGAACUCCAGAUCUACAGGAUGUUCUGGAAGCUGGCAAUACCUGCCAUUUUGGCAUGGACCCUUUUUGCAUCGACAGAGACCAAGAAGCCCCGGCCCCAGGGUUCCAUCCCCUCCCCUUACAAGCUAAAAGGCAAUGAUUUGUCAUCACCACCUCACACACUAGCGUCACUGCCCCAGCACACAUCAGCACGACGACAGAAAGGCAAACACGACAUGUUGUCGUCGAGUCGCGAGGCCCUGGUGGUCACCGAGAGGAAAUACCUUAAGAGCGACUGGUGCAAAACACAGCCGUUGCGUCAAACGGUGAGCCUGGAGGGGUGCCUGAGCCGAACCGUCAUCAACAGGUUCUGCUACGGCCAGUGUAACUCCUUCUACAUCCCCCGCCACCUGACAUCUCAAACCUCCCAUCGAAGUAGAAAAACAGCUUCCACGCCAGAUCACAACACUUCAUUCCAGUCCUGUGCUUUCUGUCGGCCCAGCCGAAUAACCACGGUCACCGUACGGCUUCACUGUCCUGGGCUCCAGCCGCCGUACCGGCAACGGAAAGUUCAACGGAUCAAGCAGUGCAAAUGUGUGUCUGUUAACGUCAAUGCCGCUUACUGAGAAGGCACACAAAUGAAACAAUGCCUCAAAAUCCUUUUGGAAAAUCUGGGGCCGCCCAACAAUCAAUGUGUGAAACCUGCCAAAGACAACAGCUAAUCAGAAGACUGGCCACCUUCAUUAUGUCUGGACUGUACCACAGCAUGCUACCCAGGAAUGCUUAAUAGCUGCCGAGCAGGGAUGGAACACAAAGCUGGAUUUUUUUUCUUCUUUUUUGACAAAUAUAAUGAAGCUGAGAGUACAAUUACAUAAAACGGUAAAUAACACUCGUGUGCUAUAAAUGAACAGAGUUUGACCUUUGACCUCUUGAAAGCUUUUCUUUAGCAAAACACAGAGCGUCUGUAUUCCAGCGAUCUCCUGCUUUACCUCAGCAAUGCUGAUUCUCUAUAGAGUGCAACAGUCAGGGUUCCGGAAGUAAAAAUCCCAUGCUUUUUCUCGAUAGGGGAAAACUCAUUUUAGAUGGUCUAUACCUCUGUUGAACUUAUAGCCCUGUAUUAGCUUAACUAAAAUGUAUAAAUAAUUACGCUACGUUUGAAUUCCCAUUGAACCAUUCUGCAACCUUUUCAGAAAAGAUCUGGCCACUGCUAAGCGUAUUUUAUAUUGUGAAUUUUACAAAAAAAGAAACCUAAAAAUAUCUAAUUUCUAUAUAUCAAUAUAUAUCUAUAAAUCAAUAGGUUUAUAUUUAUACAUAGUUUUAAUUUUGAUUAUGUCAGUGGGAUUGUAGUUCUUUUUGAAGUUUUGUAGCUUUGCCUUUUUACAUUUUUUUAUGUUGUGGUUCACUUCUAGGCUUUUGGAUUAACUCUUUAACAAAAAUGUUUUAAAUAUCCCUCAAUGAAAAAUGUUGCGAGAAAUACUUUCGGAACCAAGGCUGCUGAAAUUUCGGGAGGGCACUGUUGCGCUCUAUUACUCUUGAUACUUGAGAACAGUGGAAUUGGUCUGACCACCAUCUAUCUUCACCAUCUUGUCUUACCUACCCAGCCGUUGUAUAUAUCAGCACUAAUGAAGGACAGGAGAAGACAUGAAAGGAUGCUGGGUGACUGUGGACUUUAUCGACAGGAAAUUAGAGGGGGUUUGCUAUAUUUUGACUAAGGACAGUCUGUCAGUUGGGGAUAAUCUAUAUUUUGACUUGGUGCUGCCAUUAGCUUUGCUGCAUCCGAUGAAAAUGAUGCAGCUUGCUUCAGUUCAUCCAUUCUGGGCUGACUUUGAUCAAGCCACUAGAGAGUUUGAGCCUUAAUGUUGUUAUGAUGAGUCAUGUGCACAACAUAAACUGAGAUUCAUAAUGGUUUAAAUCUUUACCUUAAAGUCUAACAGACACGUUUGCAUUAAUGACAAUAUUUAACAAAAUAGCAAAAUGUGUAGAUAAAGGAAAUUAUAUGAUAAAGCAACCAUAGAAAAUCUAUGAAUAUAUAUAAAAUAUAUAAUAAACAUGUCUUCUAAAAAUAAAUCUAUUAUUUCACACUA